AUGGCGCUGGUGCUUUUAACAAAUGUAAGGUCCAUAUGUGCACAAGCAUUUCAGAGAUGGGCACAAGUGACCAGUUUUACAUUUGAGAAAGUCCCUGCUACUACAGCAGCUGAUAUUACCAUUGGAUUUCACAGGGGCAACCAUGGAGAUGGUUCCGCAUUCGAUGGCCCCAGAGGGACUUUCGCGCACGCUAAUCCGCCUAGAGGUGGGAAUUUCCAUUAUGAUGCAGAUGAGAGAUGGAGUAGCAAUCCAGGACCAAAUGAGGUAGACUUGGAAUCUGUCGCCGUGCACGAAAUAGGCCAUCUGCUGGGGCUUAAUCACAAUCCUGACCUCCCGGCAUCAAUCAUGUAUCCCUACUUCGAUUAUGGGAUUAUAAAACGGGAUCUGCAUAGAGAUUGA